AUGGAGAUGGAUGAGCACACAUUUGCAAUAUGGGCUUCGACAAUACUACUUUUCGGAACUGUGAUUGCUCUUAGGCUAAUUACAGUUCUUCCGGGCAUUAGUCGAAACCCGCUUCUGUUAAGCACACAUAAACAUAAAGCUCCUGAGAAAGAAUCUAUAGCCAAAGAGGAAAAUGAGAAGACGACAAAGACCAAUCCUGUAAAUAAACAGCAUAAACCGAUCAAGUUAUUGAUUCUCCUUGGAUCAGGUGGACAUACAGGUGAGAUGAUCCGAAUCUUGAAGCAGUUCCAUCGGCUGUCUACCUUUAAACGGCAUUAUAUAAUCUCAAGCGGUGACUCGACGUCGAUAGAGAAUAUCACUAAAUUUGAGGCAUUAAAAUCGAAUAAAGAAAAAGAGAAGGCAGAGUCUACAAGUUAUAGCAAAGCUAUUAAGUAUACAAAACUUCCGAGAGCCAGAAAUAUAGGCGAGGGGAAAUUACUCGCUACUUUUCACACUAUAUACUCGUUUGCGAUUACAGUAUUAACAUUUUGCACAUUGAGCCGUGGAGAGUAUCCAGACUUGUUUCUCUGCAACGGUCCUGGUACGGCGAUACCUGUCGCGUACACUCUUUUUGCAAUGAAGUUUCUUGGCCUGUGCAAAACAAAAAUCGUCUAUGUAGAGUCUUUGGCUAGAGUUCAACAGCUCAGUCUCACUGGGUUGCUUAUUCUACCGAUAAGUGACCGAGUUGUCGUUCAGUGGAAGCCGUUGGCCAGGAGAUACCGCCGGUGUGAAUACUAUGGGAUUUUGGUUUAG